GCCCCAGCCCCCCGAGUCUCUCCCUCUCUCCUCUCCUCCCAAAUCCCUACUUCUUUUCCCCUUCCCCCGUCCAGCGCCCCAGCCCCCGAAUCUCUCCCUCUGCGUUCACUCCUCUCCGUCGCCGCAAUCCCUUGCCUUCGCCGCUUAUCACGCCAGUAAGUUUCCGUUCGUCUCUUUCUCUUUCUCUCUCUCUCUCUCUCUCCGUCGACUCUCCCCAUCUCAGGGUUGUUCUCUGCUCCACCGCGCCGCAUGUAAUUCUAAAUUGGAUUUCCGCCUUGCACGUUCCCUCCCACUAGUAAUUCUAAAUUGAAUUUCGCAUGGAUUGAUGGCCACGCUACUUGAUUCUUCCUCUCGGCCCAGUGCGUGAGGGACUGUUUCCUUCUGCAAAACAAUUUUCCGAUCUGAAGCCGUGAGAGGGUUCUAAAUCGACGUAUUUGCUCCAUUUUGUGUUGGAUUUCUACCUUUGUAUAUACAGUUCCUUUGCUUCAUCCAUCACUUCGCACGAGUUAUCCUCCUAUUUUUCUUGUCAUUUGCAACCUAAUAGGGCAGAUGGAUCUUGAGACGGAGAACAGAAUAGCUGCAAUGCUUAUGAAAGAAGCAGCAGAUUUGCGGCGACAAGCAGAGAAGGAAGGUGUGCAUGCCUAUCUUAAACAACCCAAUUCACGGUUUCGGCCCAAUUCACGGUUUCUAACUGCAACUGUUCUUGGAGUACAACAAGCAAAUCGAGCUGUGGAAGUGAAUGAGAUGUGGCGGGCCCGACAAAAAGAGCUAGAGCUGGAUGAUAGAUGUAAAGGCAAAUUUAGAAAUGGAAGCAGUGAUAGCAGCAGCCAUAUUGACAAUUACGGUGUAAACAAAAGUAAGAGGACUCUUGUAAAUGUUAACAACACAAGUGCUUCAUGUUCAUCAAGUGAAAGAGUAUAUGAGAGUGGCUCUUCAAGGGAAGAUGAAGAACUUGAGGAGUUUCUACACUCGAGGGCCAAACGUGGCAGAGGUGGUGUUGGCCCAAGGAUGGAUGAAACGGGUCCGUACCUUCCACCUUCUUCGGAGUCCAUAGAAGAUCGGUCAACAAACCCUGAUGUAUGGAGACGCCAUGUUGUCUAUGGUCCUGAGAAACCUUGGUCACUGAAGUCACAUGAUUCUUCAGAAGAGGAGACUAACGAGGAAAAGCGGAAGAAGUCAAAAAAGCUUCACUCAGGGAGCACCGACAAACAACACUCAAGGAAGCACAGAUCCAAAGAUAAUUCAAAGGAUAAGAAAAAGAAGAGAAAGGAGGAGAAAAGAAAUAAACAUCGCAAGUAAUGGUUGUUUUCUAAAUUUGCUGGUUUCCCACAAAGGUGACAAGUCAUUGUACGUCAAUAUGAAUGAAAAAUCCUUAUUUACGGGCAUAUAAAAGUUUUGAAUAUUAGGCUUC